UUUUUUUUUUUUUUUGGUGAAAUUUGCUUCAAUUGUUUGAUUUCGUCUAUGAAAUCUGCCAUUGUUGAAGUUUUAGAGCUUUAGAUGCGAGAGAAAAUGGAGAGAGAAAAUGAAAAGAGAUUGAGAUGAAAUGAAAGUUUUUGUUUUUUUUUUUUUUUUUUUUGUGUGUGUGGGGUAAGGGAGUUUACUGACAGUUUUUUUUACUUAGGAUAGUAGGGUGUAUUGUGGCCUUUGUGGGGAGUAAUGGUACGCUGUGUUUUGUGGGGGUGUAGGGAUAGUUCCCUACCAUAGGGUCUAGCCAUAAAUAAUUAGGUUGAACCUUGCCUUUUGGGCUUUAAUUUGUUUUCAUUUAUGGACUAGGCCCAAAUACAAGUUAUUUGGACCCGAAACACCAACUUAUAUAAAGAAAUAGUUUACUCCGUAUACUUUAGCAUUAUUCAAAGAUGAAGGGAUUAUAUUUUAGCAUUAUUUAAAGAAAUCACUUAAGACAAAACGAAAAAAUUUAAAAAAAGAAAGCGAAUUUUCAGAUCCCUUAUGCUAACCUAAAAUCCCAAAACAAAGAAGCCUAAAACCCUCGUCUUCCUUCGUAAAAUUUCAUUCAUUGUUUUUCAGGUUAUAUGUAAUUGAUUUCUCUGUCUCAUUCAUUCUUUUUAGGGUUUAAAUUUGAUUUUUGCAUCAGCAGUUUGAUUGAAAUUGCAAGAUGAAAAUGCGGGAAAAUAAGGGAGGUGCGAAAGCAGAAAGCGGAAGCUCUUCCAGAAGUGGUUUGGAAUUAAAUGGCAAACAAUUGGAUUUUCGCUCUAUUAUGAAGGAAGUUGAACUUCUUGGAUCCUCUGAUAUGACAUGGAAAGAGAGGAAGGAUUUGCAGAAUAAGAAGGUCGUUUCAUUGGGUGGAAAGGCUCCCAAGACACAGAGACUACCACUAAGUGUAGCGCGGCCAAUGAUGAAGAAUCAAAAGAAAAAAGAAGAGAAGAUGUUGCAACAGGAGUUACUACUCGGACAUUGUGGGGAAAGCCUUAUCAAAAGGACUAAAAGACCUGAAGAGAAGCGCAGGCCUGAAGAUGGAGUGCUGAGAUCAAGUGAAGGACGUUUCCGAAAUGGAGUUCUUGAUGUCAAACAUUUAUUAAAAUCCGCUCCACCUCCAAGGAAUGAUGAUCAUGGUCCUCCUAUGCCUAGUAAAGGGAGGAAAAAGAAGGGUGGCAAAAGAAAGGGUGGCAAAAAGAAAGGUGGUGGUGGGAAAAAGCGCCACUAAAAGGAUUAUUGAGCGGAAAUAAACCUCAAGGGCAUAAAAUAUACUACUAUGUACAAUAGAAGCAGCCAAAGCAUAUUUGACUGAGAAAUGAUAUCCUUACAUGAUCAGAAAUCUUUCUAUGUACACUGUGAGUAGCAUCUUCAACGCUUAGCUCAAAAUUUUCAUCCACGGCUGUUUUAGAGGUUGUAACUUGUUAGCCAGUGCUGAUCAUAUCAUCAACUCAAUUGUUUAUUGCUCAAUCAUGCUUGCUUUUAGUAAGUUGAUGUGUAGAAUUGUGGAUGGUAAUGUGGCGAUUGGAUUUUUGUCAAACAAUACUGUUAACCCCUACAAAAUUGUAUCCCUCCAAUUGUGCCUAUUCAAUUCUUGGAGUAUACGAGGAUUGGCGUAUAUACUCCGUACUGUAUUUGAGUUGCUUAAUACGUAGUACAUGGUUUGUUCUCA